AUGUCUCGACGCAACUCAGACAUUUCCGAACAUGCUCCUCUAAUCCGCGCCUCCUCUCAACCCAUUUCCAUUGCCUCUGGACCCUCCUAUCACCAUGUACCUCACCCUUCUUUUCUUCGGAAGCUCUCAAAUAGCUACCGAAGGUCUCAAACUUCCGCAAAGAGCUUCCUAUCCUCUCGCGCUCAACACUACACCGUUCUCCUCCUUGUUGCAUGCGAUUUAAUUAGCAUUAUUUCGGAUAUAAUCAUAAAUCUCUAUCAAUGCGACAACGAUAAAGAAGGCAAGACGGAUCCAAUUUGGAAUGAAGUGAGAGAUGGGUUGGGAAUUGCUGGGUUGAUAUUCAGUUGCUUGUUCAUGGUGGAAUUGAUUGCUAGCAUUUGGGCUUUCGGUUUGAGCAAAUUUCAUUGCUUCGAUGCCACUGUGAUUGUUGCGGGAUUCGUUGUUGAUGUGCUACUCCAUGGUGUCCUUGAAGAAGUCGCCUCACUUGUGAUUAUCCUCCGUCUUUGGCGUUUCUUCAAGAUUGUUGAAGAAUUCAGUGUUGGCGCCCAGGAACAGAUGGAUGGAUUGGAAGAACGAAUUGAACAGCUUGAGAUGGAAAAUAGAGAAUUGAAAAACAGCUUAGAAAGAGAAAAGAUGGUGUCGAGGAUUUGGAGAAUGGAGAGGGUGGCUUAG